AAGAUCCAUCUGGAGAGAUAACCCAGCCGUCGAAUUGAACAAAAGCCAACGUUUGUUUUUAUUAUUAUUAAAUUUCGGAGGGGUACAGAGAAAGAGCGCGUGCCUUUACAGAAACAAAUGUGAUUUCAGAACGAUAAUACGACACUGAUCGAAAGUAUACAGCCCGAUAUUUAGAAGAGGUUCUCUCAGUGUGUCGCCUCGCUUUCGACUAAUUGCCUCUUGGAAGUUGGAAGUUGCCCGUCUGGUUUCUGCUCUCCGGUCUGGGAGCGCCAAUCGUCGAGCUGACCCCACUGCAGUCCGCAUUGUGCGCUGAUCAAGAACGGAGGAUGAGCAGUCGGAGUCCCAUUUCCACGUCCGCCUGUGUGUAUCUGCACAUCCUGGUGCUGCUUCCACUGCUGGCAGUCAGGGCAACACCUGCUAUAAGUCCGCAGUCGCAGCGGGGCAUUGUCUUCCCCAAGGAUUCCUUCGAUGAGUGCCACCUGGACGACUUGCAAGGGACGAAGGGCAGUUGCCGGCGCAUGGAGGAUUGUCCUACCGCCCUGAAGGGAUGGCUGGAGAGACGCGAGUCCCCCAAGACCUGCUACUUUGUGAGGUUCGAUCACUUCGUGUGCUGCAAGCCGGAGGAGCAGCCUGUCACUGAAGUGCCGCCCAUACUGCCCCCCACACGAAAUCCCUUUAUAGCACCACUGGUUGUACGAUCCAGUCUGCAGGCGUGCUACGACCUGAACAAUGUCAAGAAGACCAACGAGAACGACUUGAUCUUCUUGGUCUCGGUUGUGGGCGGGAUGCCCACCCGACCACGGGAAUUCCCCUUCAUGGCGGCGCUCGGCUGGCGCUCCAACUUCGAUCAGCGGAUAUACUAUCGAUGCGGCGGUGCCCUGAUCUCCAACAACUUUGUGCUGACGGCGGCACACUGUGCCGACUUGGGCGGUGAGCCGCCCAGCCAAGUUCGCCUCGGUGGUGACAAUCUGACCCUGGCCGAGGGCGAGGAUCUCCCCAUCCGACGGGUGAUAGUCCAUCCGGAGUACAAUGCCAACACUGCCUACAACGACAUUGCUCUGCUGGAGCUGGAAACGGCGGCCAAGCCGGAACUGAAGCCCACCUGUAUCUGGGCGGAGAAGGAAAUCGCCAACUCGCUGGUCACGGCCAUCGGAUACGGGCAGACCAGUUUUGCCGGACUCUCCUCCGCCCAACUGCUCAAGGUGCCGCUGAAGGGCGUGAGCAACGAGGAGUGCCAGGUGCACUACCAGGUGGACCAGUUGGCGCAAGGACUGCUGGGCACCCAGAUGUGUGCCGGCGACGUAUCCGGCGAGAGGGACACCUGUCAGGGCGACUCCGGGGGACCCCUGCUCAUGCAGGACGGGCCGCUGGGCUAUGUGGUGGGCAUCACAUCGCUGGGACAGGGAUGCGCCAGUGGCCCGCCAUCGGUGUACACCAGGGUCUCCAGUUUCGUCGACUGGAUCGAGGGCAUUGUGUGGCCAGCGCAGCAGGACGCGGUUUCCCCGAAACCAACUGAGAUGCCCGGUCCCGAAUUCGAUCUGAGGGCAAUGAUCUGAGAUUGUAUUUUAAAUACACUUUUAUUUAUUUAAGGAUUCAAGCAGUAAUGUAUAUAAUAUAUAUACAAUACAUCUAUAUGAUCCGAUUUUUAAGUUGAAAUAUUUUACUAGGUAAUGAAUAAAAAUUAUGCAAAAACA